AUGGAGCCGCUCCGACUGGCUGCCUGUCAGCGGCCGCAGCCUGGCGCAGUGCGCUCUUGGUGCCGGCGGCAGGUGUUCCCGUCUGUUCUCCACGCUGUCUCCGUGCCCUCGUCUCCUGGCGUCCCCUGCUCUUCGCUUCUCGAUGCUUCCGCGCGCCGUGCUCUCUCCUUUUCUGCCUCCCCACCUGUUUGUUCUCCGUCGUUUUCUUUCUUUUCUUCCCCCGCACGGCCCUUUCCUUGUCCCUGCGCCUUUUCUCCUCGCGUUUCUCGUGUGAGUCCAGCCCGCGCCGCCUCCUCGUCCGCCUCCCUCCCAUAUCUCCGCCGUCAUCGGGUGGCUGGCGCUUUUGCGUCGAGAACUCCUACGGCUGAGGCGCGAGAACGCAGCCACUCCCCUUCCUCUGUUUUCCCUCUUCGUCGCCGCACGUCGCCUCGCCGCACCACACACAGGUCUGAGGCGCCUGGGCCUCUCUCUUGGUCGUCGCCUCGGGCGCCGAGCCUGGAAGCGGCGUCCUCAGUUUCUCGCUCCUCGUGGAGGCGGGUGUCUCCUGCUCCGUCGCCGUCCGCCUUCUCAUCAGUACCGCGGGAGACCGCGGUCGAGUCAGGCGCCGGCAGCUCCACGCGCUUUCCGCGGCUGUUCAGCACGAUUCGAGAAGAGGCUUUUGAAGCUGCAGAGGCGAGAGAUGAAGCCACGCUCACAGAAAAUGGUGCAGAAUCGAGAAGCGCGGCCGAACCUGAAGGGCUUGCAGCUGCGCGUGCCGAAGGGUGGCGAGAAGACAACGCGGCACGCGUCGGCGAGCCUCAGGCUCCCCACGCCUCAGAGCGCGCGGCAGGAGAAAACGAAGACGUCAUGGCGCGGGCGUGGCAUAGCCUGACGCAGGGGAAGGCCCUCGGGGAGGACAAGCUCCUCUUGUGCGCUGCGGAGAUCGAGCGGCGGACGAAAAAUAUCGUUGCCUCCUUCUCAGGCUUUUUUGAGGAAGCGCAGCAGGCUCAGGCGGAGCGAAGAGAUGAGCAGGACUCAGGCCGAGAAGACACAGUGGCAGGCCGCCGAGCCAGUCAAGAACUUUCUACAGACGGCGAAGAGAAGGGACGCCACGAAGAAGAUUCAAAGAAGAACGAGGAAAUCCGGAGAUGCAUGCAGGAUCUGGCGUCAUUCUUUUUUCUGUCGUCGGCGCUCAAGUUGACGUCGCUGAAUCUGCGGGAGUGUCUGUACACUGCGGCAUCGCUGGCGGCGUCGCUCGCGCGUCUGUCUGCUCCUUCUGCCUCGUCUCCCUCCGCCAGACGCCGCAGAGAGCGAAGGCUCAGCUCCUCUCAGGUCAUCUCGCGCGAGACCGAAACACCGUCAUCCCUUGCGUCAGGUUUUUCUUCAUCUUCCGCUUUGGAGUCGCUGCGUGCGGCUCCGCCUUGUGCGGCCGACUCGCCUUCCCUGUCGCCACCUGAGUCGCGACCGCCCUCGUCUUCCUCCUCCAGUUCAUCGUCUGAGCCCACGUCUUCUCCUUCUUCGUCUCGGGUGCCGAGUAUCUCUUUGGGGUGGCGGGUGGCGGCUGACGACGCGGCGUUGCUGCUGCGGUGCAUCGGCAGCGAAGGCCGCGGCGGGACGCAUACGGUUCCAUAUGUCUCUGCCCUCAUUUCGAGGGCUUUGAAGACUCCUACGAGUUGCACAAUCGCGCAGAGGAAGUCGUCUGCGUCGCCGCCCUCCUCGUCCGACGCUCUCGCGUCUGCCACAUCUGUCGAAUCUUCGAGUGCUCUGUCGCCUCUUGCCGGCGCUUCGCUGAGCGAGGCCGGGGCUGAGGGCGAGCAGGGGAGAAGACGCCCGCGCGCUGAAAUCAAUGAGAAAGAGAUCUUGGACGCGUUGGUGGAGGCGCUGGUCGGCUGGACCCGCGCCUCGAUGAUGACUGCGCCCGCUCUCACAAAUGCCCUUCAGGGCUACGCGUGGAACGCCGUUCGACGAGGUGCGUGUAGGGUGGAGCCUCACAAGGUUCGCACUUUUCUGCGGCCGCUGGAGCAGGGCGGCUCAGUUUUCUUCUCUCCGCAGCAGCUCUCCGAGGUGCUCGAGGCCUUGCUCCUCCUCAACUGCCGGGCGCUCCCGCGGGUCAGCGAUGUCGUCGAGUCUCUCACGGUUGAGCUGCUUCGGACGAACCAGAGUUCGACGUCGCUGACUGCGGCGCGAGAGGCGGACUCAAGAGCGCGCGGCGGCCUGGCGAAGAGGGGCGUCUUCCUCCCUUCCUGUUCGCUCUCGCCGCAGCAGCUUGUGCUUUGGCUCGUCGUGCUCACAAAGUAUCGAGUCGAAAGCGACGAGGCCUUCGAAGUGGUCGCUGAGGUCCUGCAGCAGCCAGACGUAGUUCGGACUCAGUUCUCGCCGGCGCUCAUUGCAGGGCUCGCGUACGCGUUUGGAAAGUUUCUCGGUGCUUCGCAGCAGGUUGCGCUCGAGACGCUUGCCGCCGCGGCCAGACAAAAACUCCAUCUUUUUUCACUGGGCGACUUGAGUCAGCUCCUGGUGUCGCUCACUCGAGCUGGCAUUGUGGAAAGGGUCCUGUUCGCUCGCAGCGCCGUUCUUGUUCGGCGCUCGCUGUCGCUGUCUGCGUCUACGCCUGCAUUGCCGUCGGUCGCGCCGCCAUCUGGACCGCCGAAGUCCGCGAGAGACUCUCGCGCCGCGACCCCGUGUCUGUCCGGAUGUGCGGACGCUUCGCCCGAACAGGUCGUCAACCUCUGCGUCAUGUUCGCGAGGCAGAAACUCGGCGACGAGCGGCUUUUCAGGAGUCUAGGCGAGCUCAUGUUUUCGCAGCCGCCUUCGUGGAUGAUCUCGACGCUGCUGAACGAAAACCCAGAUGCGCAUCUCCCCGAGACGCGUUUGGAGUGCCUGAACGCCGCGGACAUCGUUUCGCUCGUUGUGGCCUUCGCGCAAGUUCGCAGCGUCCACAGGGCUCUCUUUGAGGCUGCCGAUGAGCUGCUGCUGAGUCGAGUUCAACAAGAGAACGGGCUUUCUCCCCUCUUGACGCUUCGAUUGCUCCAGGCGCACGCCAAGCUGGGCUACCGGUCGCUCGACCUUCAGCACUGUCUUCUUCUCUCACUGGCGAUACACGUCACUGCGUCCUCGACGCGGCUCUCCGUCGCUGAGCUCCUGCAGCUCGUGGAGGCGACCGACGCUCUCGGCCUUACCCUGCCGCCGCGUCUCCGCGAGUCUGUGAACCGUGAGCUGCCCCCGGAGCUUCGAAACAAAGGUGCAGCAUCGGAGGAAGGGGAGUCGGACGACGAAGAGUUCGCAAAGAUGUGGCGGGGCAUGCGCGUAGGGGACAACGGAAAGCGCAAGAAACGGCAAAAAGCUCGGAAAAGAAAGUGGACGUGGUGA